CUGUUAUGGACUGCAACUAGAACCGGAAAUGUCUGGAAGCAACCCACGUGAAUGAAUGAAUGACGGAGGCUACAACAACAUUAGAUAAUAUUGCUAACCAGUUUAAUGCACAAAGCCUAGUUUCAUCCCAAACAUUACGAGUAGCAGUUUAAAACCAACAGUAUGGUACAGUACAACGUUAUAACGUAACAUGAGGUAGCUUGCUUAUGUUAGCUGGCUGGCUAGCCAUCACCAUUCAACCAAAGCCUGCACCAACUUGGAAUGUGCACGUAGCUAGCCUGCAAGUAGCCUUGGAUUUGUUUCUGCUACAAAUAGGAGAUACACAAACGGGCGUUUGUAACGGCACCAUGUUGAGUCGUCUACAGGAGCUGAAGAAGGAGGAGGAGACUCUCCUGAAGAUUAAAGUUAUGCUGCAGGACCAACUCAACAGACUCAAGUUUGAAGAAGGGGCCCUGAAGUGUAUCAUCAACGCUCAGACAGAGGAGGGUCCUUCACAACCUGCCAGUCCUCCUGAGGUUCUGAACCUGGAUGAUAAAGUAGUGAUCAACCAGACCAGGCUGCUGCUGAGUGGUCCUGAAGACUACCACAUGGAGGAGGAGGAGGAAGAGGAUGUAGAUGACAAUGAGCUUGAAGCAGUGCCUGAGGAGGAGGAGGAAGAUUAUUAUUGAGUUUAUAUUAGCACUGAGUGGGCCUGUCCCAAAUGGGACCCUAUUCCCUAUAUAGAGCACUAUGGGCCCCUGGUCACUAUAUAGGGAAUAAGGAACCCAUAGGCCUCUAGACAUACACACUGAAUGUACAAAACAUUAAGAACACCUGCUCUUUCCAUGACAGACUGACCAGGUGAAAGUUAUGAUCCCUUAUUGAUGUCACCUGUUAAAUCCACUUCAUUCAGUGUAGAUGA